AUGGUUUCAAUUACGCUUCGUGAAGCUGGAAGAUACACCGCAGACAAUCUUUAUGGAGAAAACUCAGAAAUUUCCGAACUACAGCUCUUAUUUAGUCUCACGGAGCUUUAUCGAAUGAAAAAAGAGCUGAAAAAAAUUCCCGGAAAUACUCUUUUUGAUGAAAUUGUUGUCAACAUCGAGGAUGUUGCAAAGGACUUGGAAACAGAAGUUGAUCGUCAAAUGCCGUCUCCAGAAUCUCCGGAUUACAAAAAGUUUCUCGCUAUGAAGGCUUUUUCGUUGAAUUUGCGAGGAAGUAACGCCAAAAAAACGACGGAUUCGUCUGAAAUUGAUUAUCAUCCGGAAUUUUGUAUGAAAAGUGUCGAAAUAUUGGAAGAAAUUCGUCUCGAACCUGUUGCUGUUUACUUCUAUGUUGAUGCCUUAAAUACUCUUGGGACAUGUUACUUGUUCAAAAACCCUCAAAAAGCCGUGGAUUAUUUGUCAAAAGCUGAAUCGACGUACAAUUCCUUCUUAAAAAAGGUCCCUGAUGCCAAAGAAGCCUUCACGCCAUACAAAUUAUUCGACGUGCCACGCGAAAUUAAGACUUUAUGGUGUCUCCUGAUGGCGCAUCAUUACACAUCGAUCUUCCUUUUUGCCGCCUGGAGUAAUGUAAAAAACGACAGUAUGAAGUUAAAGUACGCUAUGCCCUCAAUUCGUGCCAAAAUCUCAAUUGACAAGUCGGAAAAUCAGGGAAUUUACGUAAUUAACAAUACAAUGCCCGCCAUGGUCGAGGAAAUUAAUUGUCUCAUCAAGAAUUUGCAUUUUGCACAAGUAAAUCACUUGUUAGCGGGUUUUAUGAACAAUUUGGUUCAAUAUCGUCGUUCCUUGCCGGAAGACGAGCGACAUAAGGUCGAUUUUGCGCAAUCUUUGGUCUCAUUGGCUUACGGAUCGUGGGCUUAUGAGCUCGUUCAUACAAGUUUUCUCGUACUUACCGAUGCUUUGGAGUUGGAAGAGACUCCCGAAAUGAGUUUUUAUGCCUUUGACGACUUAAUGACGGGCGAAUAUACCACCUAUGAACAUCAAUUUUCGUGCGAAUUGCUUCAAAGUGUCAAAAAACUCAAAAGUGCCAUCAGAAAAGGCAAACAAUGGACUCGACGUGCUGCUGAUAUGGGAGAUAAGUCACAUUACGCCAACUACGCAGAAGCUUUGUUGGCUCAAUUUGACGUUUUGGAAGAAGAUAUCAAAUUUUUGGAUGAGUUUCAGUAA